AUGACAACAAACACCGGUAUUUAUCAUUGGAAAUUAGGAGAUAUAGCCCUUGCUAGAAUAUGUAAAAAAGUUUACGCAAAAGUGCAAGUGGUGAAAAACGAAAAGGGAUUGUUUCACGAUGAGAAAGUUUUAGGGAUUUCAGCAGAUGAGACUGGAUUAAUAAUAACGACACAACUCUGUUACUAUGUAGAGAUCAUUCGGACUAAGCAAAGACUAUGGCUCCCAUACACUUGCAUGCACUUAGCAUCUCGUUCCAGACCCUUUUAUGGACCAGCUAUUAAAGAGGCUAUUACCAAACCUACAGUAAAAUCUGGCCCUCGAAAGAGAAAAAUCAUAGAGGACCACAUUUUACCACUUAACGUGAAACCUUUAAGGCAUAAAGUACCUGAUCUUAAUAUUUCAUAUGAGAUCCGACAAAUGCCUUUAAGACAGAGCAAAUAUGAAAAUGCAUUUAAAGAGUUUGUGAGACUCGGUAAAGAACAACUUUUUGAUCAUUUCUAUGAAAUUUUUUGCCUUGAAGAUAAUGGGGAUAUAAUUGAUUAUUUACAAAAUGUUAAUGCGAGCACUGAAGAUAAGUUUGAAAUGGUCAUUAAAAAUGUGGUGACCGAGAAGGAAAUAGACAAUUACUUACAUCAGUGUUGGAGAUACAAUUAUGUGCACAAACAAGUGGACACUAAAGAUAAUUCAGAGUAUUCAAAGUCUUCAUCAUCAAACAAACAACCCAUAACAGUACACAUUUCAUGGUGUCUAGUUUGUGGCGAGGCUGAGAAGUUAAGGGAAUGCACAAAUUGCCCAUCAUCCUUCCAUCUGGCUUGCAGACGAGAAUGGCUGGUCUCCAUAAUCCGUGAGUAUUUUUUAAGUAGCCAUUGCUUCUGGGUUCGC